AUGACGAAUUGUGAAAACGGGCCCGGGACAGAACUCGAGUUACCUGAGUUGUUGAGCAGCAGCACGCUGAGAGCCCUACAUGCGGCCAUCGAGACCGAGUGGGACCCGGCCCGGAGGUCGGCCUGCCAGACGGCGGCCGGGCGGGCAUUGUGGCGGCGGGUGAUCAACGACCCCUUAGCCGAGCUGUUUGCAGGCGAGAGCCACCUCAGAGCCACUCACGAGAAGAUCAAGAGGGACCGGCUCAACAAUGCACGGGAGAUCUCCGGGGUGAUUCUUGCCGUCCGGACACUUUGGUUCGACUCGAAACUUGAGCAGGCUCUGAGUUCGCCGGACGGUUGUGGGGCGCAGGUUGUUCUACUCGGUGCAGGAAUGGACGCACGGUCAUACCGCUUGAGCUGCUUGAAAGACAGUAAUGUUUUCGAAGUCGACUUCCCCGAGAUUCUACAAGCAAAAGCCUCCAUAAUAGAAGAAGCAGCAGCAGCAGCAGCAGCCAAUCACCAUCACCGUCCAAUCAUGAUGGCCAAAUCACUGACACGAUUGGCAGCUGACCUGGCAGAAGACGAUUGGUUCGCAAAGCUCCAGUCAUCAGGAUUCGAGCCCAAGAAAAGCACAGUCUGGAUUCUGGAGGGAAUACUCUAUUACCUCACACAACUACACGCCAUCAAAAUACUAAAAACGAUCGCGGACAAAUGCAGCCUCACAAACACAGUGCUCCUUGCAGACUUCAUGAAUGAGCAAACAGCCUUGCUCUCUGGCCCCACCUUCCGUUUCCACUGUGACUGGCCAGACCAGCUGCUGCCAUCCCUAGGGUUUUCCCUGGUCAAGCUUUCACAGAUUGGCGACCCGGAUGCAAAUUUCGGGCUGUUGCAGGACCCACUGAGUCUAUUCAACAGGCUACGCGCCUUGCCCAGAUCGACCAAGACUCACCCAGAAGAUGGGACACCUUGCAGCAGGCUUUAUUUGUUGCAGGCCUCUGGCUCGCCAGAUCAAAGUUAG